AUGAGGAGGGAGAACCAGAGCCAUGUGUCUGAGUUCCUCCUCCUGGGGCUCCCCAUCUGGCCAGAACAGCAGGGUGUAUUCUUUGUCCUGUUCCUGGGCAUGUACCUGACCACAGUGCUGGGCAACCUGCUCAUCAUCCUGCUCAUAAGACUGGACCCUCACCUCCACACCCCCAUGUACUUCUUCCUCAGCCACCUGGCUCUCACAGACAUCUCCUUUUCAUCUGUCACUGUCCCUAAGAUGCUGAUGAACAUGCAGACUCUGGAUCAAUCUAUUCCCUAUGCAGAGUGUGUGACACAGAUGUAUUUUUUCCUAUUUUUUUCUGGUCUGGAUGAUUUCCUUCUCACCUCCAUGGCCUAUGACAGGUAUGUGGCCAUAUGUCACCCUCUCCACUACACCACCAUCAUGAGAGAGGGGCUGUGUUCCUUACUAGUAAGUGUAUCUUGGAUUCUAUCCUUGGCCAAUGCCCUUUGUCAUACCCUCCUCUUGGCCCAGCUCUCUUUUUGUGCUGACUACACCAUCCCCCAUUUCUUCUGUGACCUUGGUGCCCUUCUCAAACUCUCCUGUUCAGACACAUCCUUCAAUGAGCUGGUCAUUUUCACAGUAGGGCUGGCAGUCAUCACCCUCCCCCUCAUGUGCAUCUUGGUCUCUUAUGGCCAUAUUGGGGCCACCAUCCUCAAGGUUCCAUCCACCAAGGGCAUCUGCAAAGCCUUGUCCACAUGUGGCUCCCACCUCUCUGUGGUUUCUCUGUAUUAUGGAACAAUUAUUGGGCUGUAUUUUGUCCCCUCAUCCAGCACCUCCAGUGACAAGGACAUAGUUGCCUCUGUGAUGUACACAGUGGUCACCCCAUUGCUGAACCCCUUCAUUUACAGCCUGAGGAACAGGGAUAUGAAGAGGGCCCUGGAGAAACUCUUCAAAAAGCCAUCAGUCUUGUGUUAA